AUGUUCACAUUCUUAAAUCCCGUUAUACUCACUCACUCGAAUCAGGGCGAAAGUUCCAAGGAAAAAGCAGACGGGACAGGCUGGAGACAACCUCUUCCACAUCAUCAUUCAGAGACAUGGUUUCGUUGCGAGAGAUAUAAAGAUACUAAUUUCCUGGGCAGGGUUUUCGUCGACGACGGUUGGCCACCCCCUGCUGUACUACCGGUGCCAGAACAAGGGCCACAACGUGACCAGGACACGUUUCUGGCCACAGUUAUAAGCCUUCUACCGGAUGUUUGUCCAGAUUACGCCAAGCAGCAGGGUCAUGCAUGCGGAUGGGAUUCAGAACUGUUCCUUAAUCGUAUCUUGGAGGAAGAAGGCAACGGCACCAAAUAUCCAAGACGCGUCAAGAAAAGAAAACGAGACGAUGCGGAUGUCGGCGACAACGCGAAAGAGUCGAAGCUGCAAAAAUUGCACGAAAAAUAUGAGGGCCGUGUAUCCCAACACCAUAGAGACCACAAUUAUAGCCGCGUCUGCCGGCUACUUCUCAGGGAAGCUUUUCCCAAAGCAUAUGUAGGCGACAUCGAGGAAGCAAUGUUAACGCACAACUCUUCGGUCUAUCAAACGUACUCAGCCCUACAUGAGGAUUUUUCGAAACCGCAUGGUGUCACCUUUCGCAGGAAAUUGUAUCCCAGACACAAGAACAACAUCGAAGAGGUAGCAAUCGAUAAAGAAGAUAUCACUCUACCCGGCAGAGAGGCUCAGCAAGAAUUUCUCGCAGCGCAGGAGGUAUGUUCAGCAAAGUUAGCCAAGGACGCCGCCAAAGAAGCUCAGGAGAGGGAAGACAAGAAAAACUUCGAAAACGCAAAGGCGGAAGGUGCCAUCACCGAAUGCGGGUGUUGUUUUGACGAACUUCCCUACAAUCGCAUGGUGCACUGCGAUGGUGACACUGCUCACUGGUUCUGCUAUGACUGCGCUCGGCGGCAAGCGGAAAAUCAGAUUGGACAGCAGCGGUAUCAUCUAGGUUGCAUGUCUAUGGAUGGCUGCGAAGCAACUUUUUCCAGAGAUCAAAAAGACCUAUUCCUGGAUGACCGCCUGAAGCGUACCCUGGACCAGAUCGAGCAAAAUGACAGCAUUCGACGUGCUGGAAUCGAGGGCCUGGAGACUUGUCCAUUUUGCAACUAUGCUGCGGAGUAUCCCCCAGUGGAGGUCAACUGGGAGUUCGAGUGCCAACAACCGGAGUGUGGGGUCAAAAGCUGCCGACGUUGCCGUCAAGAAACUCACAUCGGCAAGUCUUGCGAGGAGGCCAUGGCUGAAGCAGCCCGUAACAAGGGCGAGGACGCGAAGCGGAAACUCGAGGAGGCCAGAUCAUUGGCUAUGAUACGGGAGUGCUACAAAUGCAAUAACCGAUUCAUCAAAGAAAGCGGUUGCAACAAGAUGACUUGUCCCAGAUGCAGAGCCAUGCAAUGCUACGUUUGUAGGCAGCCUUGUGAUUAUAACCACUUUGACGAUGUGAACAGAGGUGGUAGAAAGGGCAACUGCCCUCUCUUUGAACAGCAGUCGUUGGAUGAUAUUCACGACAAGGAGGCUCGGGAAGCUGAGGAAAGGGAACGAAAGAAGCUACUGGAAGCGGACCCCAGCAUUGAUGCUAAGGAGCUUGAAAUCAAGUUUGAUGAGAAGCUUUUUCCGAAACGGCAGCAGCAUGCUCAUCCUAACGGUGUGCGUGUUGCUGUAGCCUACCCCGGUCAGGGUCCGGCUCGUCUUCGGCAUGCGCUUGCGGGUGGUAUAGUAGCGCAACCCCAAGUGGGUGGACCAAAUCAGGCCCAGCCAGGCAUGCCAGGAGCUGCACAUGCACAUGUGCAGCCCGUGGGAGGCGAAGCCGAUCUUCUACAGCAGUACGUAAGACUAGGACUGCCGCCGGGACCAGUGCGGGACCGGGUUAUGGAGAGGUGGGGACGCCGAUACGCACAACUGGCAGCCCAGAGGAACCGAGGACCGGUUCAGCCACAACAGGGUCAAGUGGCCAACGGCUACCCCAACCAAGGAAUGAACCCAGGACGUGCAGGCCAUGCUGCCCUUGGUAUCCAUCCCAACCCCCAUGCUAAUCCUGCCCUCAAUCCUGCUCCCAAUCCAGGUCAGGCACCACAGGCGUUUCCGGGGGUUGGAAACCAGGUCCUCCAUCACAACCACAACGACCAUCACUACAUGCUUAACGCGCAAUUCCCGGCCAAUGUUCCACACUGGAAUCCCGGCGGACCAGGUCUCCUCGGCCUCGGCCUUGGCCCCCUUCCCCCGAACGAUGGAUUUGGUCUGCCCCAAAUGGCGCAACUCGCUGCGCCAAGGCUGGCCGCCCAUCCUCCUCCUGUGGCCGCCAACAAUAUACCAAACCCGGGCGUCAACGUGCGAAGCCUUGGCCGAGCCCCGGUAGUAGCAGUUCCUUCUAGACAGCAGGUGCCUGUUGUCGAUCUUACUGCUGAUGAAUAG